AUGGCAAAGCCGUCAAGAAUAGAGAACAACUACGAGUCUCUGAACAAGUAUAGCGAACUGCGGCGUGUACGAGGAGAGGUCCCUUGGCGGCUUUGGAUCGUGGCAGUCAUAGGAUUUUGGGAAAGAGCUGCGUUUUGGGGUUUGACCGCGCCAUGGCAGAACUACAUAGAACACCAGCUUCAUAGUGACCCAGGACGGCCAGCUGGGGCUCUGGGCCUCGGGCAAUCUAUGGCAACGCGGGUAUACUGCGCCUUUUACUUGUUCUAUUAUGCUACACCAAUCCUAUUCGCAGUUGUUGCGGAUGGCUACCUUGGACGCUACGUCACACUAGUUGUCAGUGUAGUGCUGUACUGCCUCGGCUGCGCUACGUUGACCAUUAGUUCCGUGAAUAGCCUCAUUGAGAGGGGGUGGGGUGUUCCGGGACUUGCGGUCGCUAUGUUCCUCAUUGGUCUUGGAGGGGGAGGUUUUCGAGCGAUUAUGGUCCCGUUCAUCGCCGAUCAACAAACUCAAACGGAACCUCGAAUUUUGAAGCUUAAAACGGGAGAGGUAGUCAUUACAGACUAUCAGCUAACUUUGCAAUAUAUCUACAACCUGUACUACUGGGUUGGCAACGUCGGCUCGCUCUCAUGGUUUGCAACCGUUUACAUGGAAGCCCACGUCAGCUUUACGAGUGCCUACGGACUCACAUUUGGCUUUAUGGUGACUGCGUUUAUCAUGCUUGUUGGCGGUAGGCAAUACUAUAUCAGAGUUCCUCAGGAACAGAAUGUUCUACCCGAAGCAUUGAAGAUCAUCAUCUGCGCUUGUCAAAAUGGCCUCAAAAUGGCACAUGCAGACCCUUCUUACCAACUUAUACGCUGCCAAAAGUUAGUGUCUUGGAGUGCGCAGCUUGUGGAAGAACUUACUCAAGGUCUUCGGGCUUGUCAGAUUCUGCUUGCAUUCAUCAUGUUCUUUGUAUGUUUCGAUCAGAUGCAGAACAAUCUGAUCUCCCAAGCAGGCCAGAUGCAGACUAACGGUACACCAAACGACCUGCUGCCGGCCAUGAACCAAGUCGGCUGUAUAGUACUUGGACCUUUUAUCCAAGAGGUCUUGUAUCCAUUUCUCCAUCGCCGUCAGAUCUACUUAAAGCCGGUGAGCAGGAUUACCCUCGGUUUUGCUUUCAUCACGUUGUCAAUGCUAUACGCCACGGUGGUGCAGCUAUUCAUCUACCGGUCACCGCCUUGCUACAACCAGCCGGGGAGCUGUGGCCGUAACCAGAUCAACGUCUGGAUACAGGCGCCUCUGUAUUUUUUAAUUUCUGCAGGCGAGAUUUUCGCGUAUGUCACUGCGCUGGAAUAUGCAUACGAUCAGUCUCCCAAAGCCAUGAAGGUUGUCGUCCAAGCAGUUGGCCUACUCGUUGGCGGUAUGGGCUCGGCAUGUGCUAUGGCAUUGACGCCAGUCGCACGCAAUCCUUAUCUUGUAACAUUCUACGCCUCACUCACGGGAAGUAUGGCUGUUACGACCUUAGUUUUCUGGGCUCUCUUCCUGUCUGUGGAGGGUGCAGCUGACCCAUCUAUUGCUCUGUCUGGUGUAACACAGCAAUUUGGUACUCAUCCUGCUGCAUGCCGGGUGGCCGAUGAGGCGCCUUUACUAGACCCCAUUGAUACUGGCAAUCCCAUCGAACUUCACAGUGGGAUCAUUUACCAGACUGUGACCACGGAGCUGCAAGAUCAAACUGAUAGCCUGAAACCUUCACUUCCACGCAAGAGCUCAAGGCGAUUGAAAAAGGGAUAUAACGAUUUCGGUUCCGUCGGCCAUGUCGCUCCUUUGACAUCAGUCGUAGGGUUUUAUGACCAGUUGCAGCCAAUCGCAGCCAAUCGACUUCCUCCACAAUCUAAGGCGGCGUCAGGGAGUCUUGAUCAUCGUCCAGUGGGGUCGCUUUCCCGUGGAUAUUAG